AAAGCGAACUGAGACUACAUGCUACAUUAGUCUGCGAAAUGCCAUUUUGUGCAGCUUUCAACUGCACCAAUCGCCUUAAAAAAGGCUCUGGAAUAACCUUUCAUAGGUUUCCCAAAUCUGGUUCAGCCCUUCUGAAAGAAUGGCUCAUCAAGAUGAGAAGGGACAAGUGGAUACCUAAUAAGUAUUCAACCAUGUGCUCCGUCCAUUUUGAAGAAGUUUGUUUCGACCGCACUGGCCAAACAACCAGACUCCGUGAAGGUUCUAUUCCGACCAUUUUUAACUUUUCUGCACAUCUCAAAGAGAAAACAAAAACAAAAAAACCAGGCAGAGUCAGCCGUAGAAAACAGCUUGUAGAUGUGGACAGUCGGACAGAUGCAUCGAGUGAUCGGCAAAGCAGCGACCAAGAACUUUUAAUAAAUGAAGAACCUGUUGCAGGCAAUAUUGAAAGACAGUUUCCAAAUUCAGAGAGUCAAGUAAAUGCCUUGAAUAAUCUCAGAAACGUUAAACAAGAUGGUAUCUUGAAGGAAGACAAAACAAAAGUGAACAAGGAAAAGCAACUCCCAGAUAAAGAUAGUCGGAUAAGAACAUUGCUUGAAGGGCAUAGCUUUAUCAAGGAUGGUUUCUUCUAUCACGCUAAACCCUCUCCGAUUAGUGACAUCAGUAGAAACGAAAGAAAAAGGAUAAACAGAAUCAAACAGCACGAUCACUCAUACAGCAUUAGAGAUAAUCCUGUGGUUUUGAAGCACAGGAUGGAUGUCGCCUGCACCAAGAUGGCUGAAAUCAGGGCUAAGUUGAAAAAUCACUAUAAAAAGAACAGAAGGCUGUCUGUAAAGAUUAAAGUUUUGACGAGAGAAGUGCAGGAGCUAAGGGAUGGACAGUUUGCAAUUAACAAUACUUUGAAGUUUCUAGAGUCUCUGGAGUAUAGGCCCGACUUCGGCACAUGAUUUCAAGCCUGAUUUCUUAAUUUUCUUAGAUUUCUUGUUUAUUUUGUGUCAUGAAAUUAAUUCACCAUAUAUAGUAUACUGCAUCUCUUUCAAAAUAGGUUUUUAGUUAUCAAGAACAAGACAAAGUGUUUUGAUAAGUUUUAGCUACAGAAUGUUUUCUUUCUUGCAGGGAACAUUUGACACAUGACCAUAAAAUAUUUGUUUAAUAUUGUUAGAAGGUGUAUCCAAAUACCUUAAGUUAAAAACAUGCUGUCUUAUAGUAAUUAAAAAAACUGUUUGAAUGGAGAUGAGCCCUUAAUCUUACCAUGUAUUCAAAUAUACAUCAAAUCAUUUUUCUACAUCUAAAUCAUAUCUAAAUCUUUAACUCUCAUACUUCAUUGGGAACCUACAAUUUUUAAAUGGUUCAAUUUUUAUUUUGGAUGUUAUGUAUGGGUUUCAUCAUUGUCCUAUCUAUAUUAUUGAAAACUACCAAUGUAUUUAGUUAAUAUUAUUAUUUCAUUUUUUUGUCUUAAGGUAUCAUCAUAGAUUCCCCCCUAAAUGUACGGUAUAACUGCCACUUAAAUGAGGGUA